AACAUCCCAUAAUAAUUACAAUGAAAAUCCAUGUUGCAGAAUUGGUCUCUCUCAGUCUCAGAUUAGUCAGAUAUCCAUUGAAGCGCAGUUGGCGUGAAUCUAGUUCUUGUAUCCCCCAUUGAAGCCGCUUCAAUUCUCAGGUCUGCGGUGCCAUAGAAUUGUUGUCUCUCGGAUUACUCAGAUAUCCAUUGAAGCGCACUCUCCAUUGAAGCGCAGUUGGCGUUUUCCGUUGAAUCUAGUUCUUGUGUCCCCCAUUGAAGCAACUUCUGAGGAAAUUGUAAUUGUAAUCAAGGUGAUGGACAUCACAAUUAAGAUACAGGUAUUCGCACUUCCUGGCUAUGAUGAUGAGACAUUCACAUUGGACGGUUUCAAAUAUUCCGAUACCAUAUUCAAUGUCAAGUCUAAGAUGUGCAAGAAAUUGAGUGAAAAUGGGUUGGCAUUAAAUGAUCCUGACCGAGUCGAGAUGUUAUCAUCUGAAGGACUCUUCUUGACAGACGACGACAGGACAUUAGGAUCUUAUUAUCCUGCCUGUCACCACCCCACUCUUGCCAUUUUUCUAUUUCAUCGUGAUAAAGAAAUGGAAGAUGCGGCUUUGGAGGAGAGUCGCUGGGAGGCUAAGUGUAAGCAAGUGCGAGAGGAAGAGGAAGCAAAAGCAGAGGAGGAGGAGAAGAAGAACAAGGUCAGCAGGAAGAAUGGAUAUUCAAUGGCGAGGGAAGCCAGACCUAAAACCAAGGAUUUAAAACUCCAACUCCCUUAUGUUGCUGAGUUAGAAGACCUUGGCAUUGAUGGCAAUCUCAAGUUGUACAGCGAGGUAGGGUCAUCUCUUCCUGUGGUGGAUGUUGAGUCAGCCCACUCUGUCUGCACCUCUGCAUCUGUCGUACUUUUGGCUCCCAAUGACCGGAUUUGGAAGAUUUUGCAAUCUAAUUUGGCUGCUAAGUCCGAGUACCUUAUUGUUCGUGUGAGUUGGGAUAUAUUGUCGUAUAUAGCUCUGAGAGAAAUCAAGGCAUGCUACCCUGAUGAUCGUCAUCUUCCCUUUGUCGCUGUCACUGACUUAGACCCCCACCACCUCGACCUCUUAACGUUCCUUGACACCCCUCCCGAUGCUGUAUUCAAUUGCUAUGGGUGGGAUCUAGACUUAGAAUCUAAAGAUGCAUCUUUUUUGGUUGAAUAUUUGGACAUCAAGUGGCUCGGCCUCAGGCCUUCUCAGCUCAACAGUCUUAGUCUCCGUACUGCUGAUUCUUCUGAUGACCAUGACCAUGCCUGUCGUGGAUCUGCUUAUGACUUUGGCAAGGUUAUUUGUAUGCUCAGGGUGAAUCCCUAUAUGCGUAGGAAGGAAGACUGGUUGAAAGCAUUGGACUAGCUUGAACAGCAUGGCAAGAGUGUACUAUUUCAGCCUCGCUAUUUCGACAACGAUUUUAUCCCCAAGAAAGUUCCUGCAAAGGAUUGGGUUUAAAUUUAAAAACCCACCUACUUACUAGUCUAGGGCUCUAAUGCUUUACUUGUAUAUUUUAGUAGUGUUUUUAUGUCUGCUACUCUGAUGUUAAGUUGUACGUACGAGCUUCUGGAUUCCAGUGCGUACUUGUAUGUGUUCUAGUUAUGUCUAUGGUUUGUAAUGGUUUAUUUUCCAGCAAUAUGAAAUGACGUCAUGUUUUUUUUUUUUUUUUUUUUUUUUUUGGGUUAAUUCUAUUGGUCCUGUUAGCGUCUUCUUGUUGUAGUAAUCUCUAAUUUCCCUGUCCCUACCCAACCCUCGACUGAUAUUAAGUCUUUUAUAGACAUGAUCUUUGGGCUGAGGAUUUACUCUUUGCUCAUUUA